CGCAAGAAGGGAAUGAAUUCUCAAGACAAGGUUCCUCUUGUUGCUGUUGUUGACUCCAGCUAUCAGACUAAUUUAGGGGAAUAGUAAGAGUGGGAGGAGGAAGCUGAGCCAGUGUUUCGAGAGAGGGAUGAGGGAAAAUGAUGAAUCGUGACUGUAACUCCUCCAGUUGAAGGAGGGGUGGCGACACGAGCGCCCAACUUGCUUUUGUAAGCAGUCGUUUGUGAGGCUCGGCAAGCCCGCACGUGGAGGAGAGGCUUUCACAUGGAUGUGUUCACUCGGAGCUAGUUGGAGAGUUGCCGCUUCAAGCCAUGUAAUCAGCAGCAGAAGCGGAGCACAUUCCUGUUUGCAAACAAUUUUUUCCUCUCAAACAAGCUUCAUCUACCUCUCGGACUGGACUGCGGUGCGUUGACUUCGUCUCGCCCUCCCCUGCCCCCUCGCCCCCCAGCAAUGGCCUCACGCAUCGGUUUGCGUAUGCAGCUGAUGCGAGACCAGCUGCAGCAGGAGGAGCAGCGUGAGCGGCAACACCAGCAAAAUGCGGCCCUGCACCACAUGCAACGCCGCAUGGCCGGGCCGUCCGCCCCCACUGCAGCCAUUAGUACCCCCCAGACUUACCAAAGCAUGCAGGUGCCCGUGGAAGUUCUUAAGGUCCAGACCCACCUUGAGAAUCCCACAGACUACCACAUCCGUCAGUCUCAGAGGCAGCAGGUGAAAGAGUACCUCUCCACUACCUUUGCCACCAAACAGAUGGUUCACGCCGUAGCGGGUCCGAUGCCGCCGUCUCCCCCUGCGGCCAUUGGCCCCACUGGGGGUUCGGCGUCUCUACCACCACCGCUCCACUCUCCACACAGGCGCGCCGAGCAGAUGAUGACUGGCAAUAGUGCACCCAACAGCCCCAUGGCCAUGCUCAACAUUGGAUCCCACCCUGAGCAAGAGAUGGAUGAGGUCAUUGAUGACAUCAUCAGCAUGCAGUCCAGUUACGAUGAUCUUCAGGCUUACAUAGACCCCGUCCAGAUGCCUAACACACUCCCUCUGUCCAGCAGCCACCUGGAUGUGUACACGGGUCCAGGGAUGAAGGGGCCGGCCAUUGCAAUGACCAGCAAUUCCUGCCCUGCCAACUUGACCGUCAAACGGGAAAUUUCAGACACAGAAGCCCGAGCCAUGGCCAAGGAGAGACAAAAGAAAGACAACCACAAUCUCAUUGAAAGGAGACGGCGGUUCAACAUCAAUGAUCGUAUUAAAGAGCUUGGCACAAUGAUUCCCAAAACCAAUGAUCUGUGUCAUAGCGAUGUUCGCUGGAACAAGGGCACCAUCCUGAGAGCGUCGGUGGACUACAUCAAACGUAUGCAGAAGGAUGUUCAGAGGACCAGAGAGGUGGAGACGAACUUCAGAAGGAUGGAAAUGGCCAACAAACACUUGAUGCUUCGCAUUCAGGAGUUGGAGAUGCAAGCUCAUAUACAUGGCUUACCCAGCAACUCUCCAUCUGGCUUGAACUCGGUUGACUUGAUGGCCCCAUAUGUAAAAGAAGAGACCAGCCCUGAGGAGAACCUUUCCCACACUCAGACACAAGCCCACCACCACCAGCUAAGCCAGAGUCAGGCUCCGCCCCCACCGCAGCAGCAUCACUUCCUCCCGCAGAACCACCUGCACCCUCAAAGCCAGGCUCAGCUUCAGCAGCCCAGGCAGCUGGCCAUGCUCCCGCAGCACCUCCAGCCCCAGCCGCCCAUCCAGUACCCGGCCGUAGGCAGCUCCCAGCCCUUUGACUUUGCCCAGUCGCUGGACUUGUGCGACGGGAUGUCGGCGUUCUCGGACGCCAUGUCGGGGCUGGGCGAUCUGGGAGGACUGGAUGUGCAAAGCCGUAGAAGCGAUAUGGGCUUCCUUAUGAUGGAUGAGGCCCUGUCCCCCAUCGGCGGCGACCCUCUGCUCUCCACGAUGUCCCCGGAGGCCUCUGUCGACUCUAGUCGCAGAUCCAGUUUCAGCAUAGAGGAUGGUGACAUACUGUAGGCACAUGCACGCGCACACACACAUGCAAACACACACGCAAACACACACACACGCACGCUCAUACACACACACACACACACACGCACGCACACGCACACGCACACGCACACACACACUCCUGCAAGCACACGCUUUGAGAAAAAACGGGGUGUUGGUACCACUGUAAACAGCAUAAAAAGGAAAUCAUCACAAUGAGUGGAACUCAUUAAGCACCAGUCUCACAAUGUAUCCAAUAAAUGACGAAAAGGAUCACAAAACUCAAGAAGCAGAUGAAACAUAACAAAUACUGCUAUCAGAAAAUUCUACAGUAUGUUGUUUUUAGGAAGGUGGUAGUCAUUUUUAUCCACAGGAUGAAAACCUUGACCCCAUUUCGUCAUCACGAUGAGCACUAUCGGGUUGUUGUCAGCCAGCGGCCGUCGCGAACAUGCUAAUCUUAGCGCGUCCUUAAAGUGGCCAUGUCGACAUUUACAUUGUGGGCUUUACGGGUGUGACUUUUCUAAUCUUCACUUUCGGUGUCCUUUUUUUUGUCAACUCACACAUCCACAAGUGCCACAUUCUACGCCGCCUUCAUACUCAGGUAUUGUAAGAGAAUUUACAAGCAGGGUCAAGUUAAAUUAGUGCUGAUGGGAACUUUUUUAGGUGGUACUGGCCCUCACACUGGGUGGCUUUGCAAUACAGAUCACGUUUGCUUCAUACACACAAAGGUGUUCAGUAAACACAGAUGUGAGAUCCCCAUUACUCACACGCACUCGUGCACACACACUUACACAAAGGACAUCUUUUUUUGGUCCAUUUUGUUAUCAUGGCAGCCUUAGCAUUCUGGCAUUAUGGAUGGGAAAGAAAUCUCCUUGGGGAUAUUUUGGAUUCUAAAUAGGGAUGGGCAUUUGUCUACAUUUGUUUGAUUGACGGUGAACGCUCACUUAAAAGAUUCUUUGUUCUUUUUGGGGAUGGAGAAUUGCUCUGUGAAUGUUCACAACUCAUUUUUCCAUGGCACAGUGAUGUCAUGUUGUUCCUACACUUUUGCUGGUUGUGCACUCCAUAUUGUGUCAAAAGCUUCAAGAUGUAACAAGUCAACAAUCAAUUCCACACAAUCGACCAAAUUCAUGAUCACGACAACUUUUAUGCCCAUCCCUAAUUAUAGCGUCUUUAUUGUAGCUUGUUGUUUAUUCUAUUCCCCAAAGCACUGGAAACUAUAUUAUUGUUUUGACUUUGUACAAAAAUGAUUAUUUUUAUUUUUGAUGUUUUAUGCCAUAAGCAGCUUUUAAAUAUUUUGUUUGUGUUCUUUUCAUGCAUUUUUAUUUAGUUUUUUUGCACCCAAAACAAUUCUGUCACCUUUCAAGCCAGUUAAAGCCACCCAUGCAUUACUUGAGAUGAAGCCAAGAGCCAUUUGGGAACUUUUACUGACAAGGAAGGUUUGUAGUCUGAUACCUUUUUUUCUUUCUUCUUUUUUUAAUAUGCACAAUUGGGCUUUUAUUGUUCUUAUUGUUAUCUUUUGAAGCCAAAUAUUUGAUGAAAGGUGAUUCUGAUUGAAUUAAAAUUUCUCACAUUGUGAAUGUAAAGUUUACCAGUGUUUCUGGUCAGCGGGAAGUCAGUUUUGCUGUGCCUUUACUUUUCCCUUUCUUUGUAGCUGUGGUUUCCAUGGAAACUGCAAGACUGACUUCACCUCAACUCUGUGCUGAAUGCCUUACCAUGUUUGUUUUUCCACCGGAGGUGUGCCUCGUCCCAUUUCAACCACAGUUUGACUGUUGUUGACAACCUUGCCAACACUCCAAAGAAUUGUUCCACUAGAGGGCGCUCUGUUGCGCAACAUACACAGCGGGCAUGUCCUGAUUUGAAAUAAGUUAUAAAAAUGUUUUACCAGAAUCCA